CCUGUGUCAUUUCUCUUCAAAAACUUAAUGCUACUUGAAUUCUACGCACACUUUGAGUAAAUUUACUACAUUUUAUUUACUCCAAUCAGGAAAACCCACAAAUUUAAAGAAGACAAGACUUCCACAGUGCCAACAAAAUGCAGAAGCAAGUGGAGGUCAGGAUGGACGAGAGCCACCUGGAGCCCAGCGUGGAGAGUACUGAGAGUGCAUGUGGCAGUCUGUGUGACAAAAUCAUGAAGAACAUGGUCCUCACUCUCACAAUCCUCGGUGUGUUUAUGGGUUCCAUCGCUGGAAUGCUGCUGCGGCACAUAUCGCCUCUCCCUCCCGACGUUAUUAUGAUCAUCGCCUUCCCUGGGGAGAUCCUAAUGAGGAUGCUGAAGAUGCUUAUUUUGCCUCUUGUCGUUUCCAGCCUGGUCACAGGACUAGCCGGUUUGGAUGCCAAAUCCAGCGGCCGUUUAGGCACCAGGGCCAUGGUCUACUACAUGUCUACGACAGUGAUUGCCGCCGUCCUGGGAGUGGUGCUGGUGCUGCUCAUCCAUCCCGGCAACCCCAAGCUGAGGGCUAAUCUCGGGCAGGGAAAGAAGAACGACGAGGUGUCCAGCGUGGACGCUUUCUUCGAUCUCAUCAGAAAUCUUUUCCCGGAGAACUUGGUGCAGGCCUGCUUUCAGCAGAUCCAGACAGUAACCACCAAAGUUCCAGUGCCCACUAACAGAACCAAAGCACCUCCACAGUUCACAGUCAAAAGGUCGCUUCAGUUCAAGAGUGGGAUGAACGUCCUGGGUUUGAUUGGAUUCUUUGUCGCUUUUGGAGUCAUUAUGGGGAAAAUGGGAGAAAAGGCCAAACUGAUGUUGGAGUUUUUCAACGUCCUGAAUGAGAUUGUGAUGAAGCUCGUCGGGGCGAUUAUGUGGUACUCCCCUCUUGGUAUUGCUUGCCUCAUCUGUGGAAAGAUCAUCUCCAUCGCUGACUUGGAGGUGGUCGCGAGGCAGCUGGGGAUGUAUAUGAUUACCGUGAUAGUGGGUCUCAUCAUCCAUGGAGGGAUCUUCCUUCCGCUGAUUUAUUUUGUGAUAGUAAAAGAAAAUCCCUUCAAGUUCUUCAUGGGGAUAUUCCAAGCUUGGGUCACGGCACUUGGAACAGCGUCCAGUGCCGGUACCUUGCCUGUCACGUUCCGAUGCUUAGAGGAGAACCUGGGCAUCGACAAGAGAGUAACCCGCUUUGUCCUCCCAGUGGGUGCCACCAUCAACAUGGACGGCACAGCGCUUUAUGAGGCUGUGGCCGCCAUCUUCAUCGCUCAGAUGAAUGGCAUCGUCCUCGACUGGGGCCAGAUUGUUACUGUCAGUAUGACUGCCACCCUGGCCAGCGUGGGAGCAGCCAGUAUCCCCAGUGCUGGACUGGUGACCAUGCUUCUGAUCCUCACGGCGGUGGGGCUGCCCACUCAGGACAUCAGCCUCCUGGUCGCUGUCGACUGGCUGCUGGAUCGUUUCCGCACCUCGGUGAACGUGGUGGGGGACUCCUAUGGAGCAGGUAUCGUGUACCACCUUUCCAAACACGAGCUUGACUCCUUCGACUCCCAGCAGAGCCGGAUGGAGGAAUUUGAGAUGGCAAAGAAUCAGUCCUUCUUUGAAAACAACACCAACCAGAAUGUAUACGCUCACCACAACUCAAUCUUGAUAGACGACUGCAAGGUACAUUUCACGUUAACGGACAUAGAGACUUGUAUGUAGAGAAUCCUCCCCAGCUCCGUGUCUGUGUUGUCUUUCUUUUCUCGUCUGUGUUCGUGCCGCUUUUCCAUGUGACUUCUCAUGUUGGUGUACGUGUGUCUUUGUGAAUAGUAAAUGUCAUAUUUUCAUUGAAGAAAGUUUUAAAAGAGGGUGAAAAGCUAAAUAAAUAUUUCUAUAUUUGUUUUUUCACCUGUUAAUCACAUGAAAAAGCAGUUUUUGUGAUACCAUCAUCAAAAUCAAUUGUUCUUUUUUAUAUGAUACUUUUUGUUAUUUUAUCCUAAAAAAAAACUGUUUUACUCUCAUGAAAUUCAAAUGAAAGUGUUUCUUUUUAAGCACCAACCAUUCCUAAUGCGUUGUCUUGUACCCAAUUAUAAUUGA